AGCAUAAAUGAAAGGAUCUUAACGGAAAUAUUGUAUUUUACAAUUGAUUACCUCAAAAUAGCGUAGAUGACAAUGAUGGCGCGCGCACGUGCGCCUUUCUGAUGCUGCGCCUUCUGAUGCUGCAGGUGCGCGCAGGUAAAUCAUCCUCUGACGGGACAGAAGAUGGACGUUUAUUCUUCAGUCUUGGACAAUUGAAAUUAGUCUAAAUACCAAAACUCAAAGGAUUUUAAGUGCUUUUAUACGUAUUUUUAUACUUAUACGGAUAUUUUUCAUCGAUCAGUCUAAAAUGAAACUCGUUAUUUUAUGAUCGUUAAAGUACGAAAUGAACGAACAGCGGCACGUUAAACUCUUCUCACUCUGGACGCUUUUCGUGCUUCAAGGAUUCAUUUGCCAGGAAUCCAGGUCAGAAAAUAGAUUGGCCAGGAGGGUUAAUGCGCUGCGCCAGAAACGGGAUCUCUUCCGUGAAGAGACCCUUAGUGCAGUGCUGUCCGAUUCGGCUGUCCCGCGGAGAGUUCUUCAUAAUUUUACGGCGCGAGAUGCAUCCACAGAAUAUUGUGGGUGUCUUAAUGGAGGUUGGUGUCAGGAGGGAGGCCAUUGUGAUUGUGCUCAGUUCCAGGGUCUCGGGGAUCGCUGUCAAAUCAUUCCCAAUCAUGGUCAGGACAGGGAUGGCAUUUGUCGCUCAUGGGGUCAGUAUCAUUUUGAGACCUUUGAUGGAAUGUACUACUUUUUCCCUGGCACCUGUUCAUACAUCCUGGCUAAAGACUGUCAUUCUACAGAGCCACAGUAUACAAUAUGGGUUCACAACAGUCGUUCAUGUGGAGGUUCAGUGUAUUCAUGUUCUCGUGCUUUGAGUCUGUUCUUUCCAAACGAAGAGGAAAUCUAUAUUAGUGGCUAUCAGGUACUCAAGGGUGGCCACAGACUGAGUCUCCCGCAGACCGUGCGUAAUGUUUUCAUUGAGCGCUUGGCCGAUUACAUCUUGGUGAAGAGCACGUUUGGCUUCUCUCUGGCGUGGGACGGGAGCUCUGGAGUCUACCUCAAAAUGACCGAAGAACACAAAGGAAAGCCUUGUGGUCUGUGUGGAAACUAUAAUGAUGACGGAUCGGAUGAUCUCAGCAGCAGCCGCGGUCUUGUUUCUGAAGACCUUCACGAGUUUGGGAACAGCUGGGCGGUCGAGUUGCCCCAGGAGAGACACUGUCCUGAGGUCGAUGAUGAUUUCCCCGGUCCAUGCUCAUCUGAAUCAGAUAUGGAUGAUGCCAUCGAGAAGUGCAGCGCUCUGCUCUUCUUUCCUUUCAUCUCCUGCCAUGAGAACAUUGACCCCAAUCCAUUUGUUGUGAGCUGUGUUGCAGACAUGUGUGUGUCUGAUGAUGAAGAGACGUUCUGCAGGACUUUGGUUGAGUACACGAGAGCCUGUUCUCAUGUGGGAUACCCUGUCCGAGAGUGGAGGGACAGUUUUCCCACAUGCGCGGACGGAUGUGAGGAUAGUUUUGUCCACAGGGACUGUAUCAGCUGCUGCCCACCAACAUGCACUUUUGAGAAAGAGUGUUUGGGCACCAAUCUACACUGUCUUGAUGGAUGUUAUUGUCCCGAUGGUCUGAUCCUGCAGAAUGGCACCUGUAUAGCAGUAUCUCAUUGUCCUUGUGUGUACCACGGUACAGCAUAUCCUCUGGGUCACGUAUUGGAGCAAGGGUGCAGUGUCUGUGUUUGUAUGGGCGGCGUGUGGAACUGUACCGAAAACAACUGCACUGCGGAGUGUACUGUAAUGGGUGACGCUCAUGUGACCACGUUCGAUGGCCGGAUCUUCAUGCACACAGGCUCCUGCCAGUACGUCCUGGUGAAAUCCCGCAGUAACACCAAGUUUACCGUCACGUUACAGUAUACAGCCUGUGGAGAGCAGCAAUCGUGCAUUCAUUCAGUGGCUCUGGUGGUGGAUGAGGACGUCAGCAGACAGGUCACUCUCACCAGAGAGGGUGACGUUAUUAUUGGGGCCAGUAUGACCGUCAAUCUGCCCUACUCGGAUGACACGGUGAAUGUACGCAGACUGACGUCUAUGUUUGUGGGACUGAGGUCUGCGUUUGGUCUGAGGUUUCAGUAUGACUGGCAGGGUGGGCGGAUCUACCUGCAGCUGGACAGCACCUGGACGGGCUCGACGCUCGGCCUCUGUGGAACUCUGAACGGCAACAUGCGCGAUGACUUCCUCUCACCUGCUGGAAUGAUUGAAGGAACUCCACAGCUUCACGUCAAUGCUUGGAAAGUGUCUUCAGCAUGUGUGAGCCCCGUCAACAUACCCAUAAUCGACCCCUGCGAAAUGAACCAGAUGAACGUGUUUCAUGCGGCGCAGUGUGACGUGCUGUUGGAGGAAGUGUUUGCUCCGUGUCACUCCUAUGUGAGUCCGAGCGUGUAUCACCAGCAGUGUCGCUAUCAGGCCUGCAGAUGUGGCAGCCGAUGCCUCUGUACAGCGCUGUCGCACUACGCCUACAUCUGUGCCAAACACCACGUCAUGAUCAACUUCAGAGCACACGUGUCUGAGUGCGGUUUGGUGUGUCUAGGGGGGAUGAUGUAUCAUCCAUGCACAUCAGCAUGUGGCAGGACGUGCCAGUCAAUCAGCAGUACUGAAGUUUGUGAUGGAGAUUGUGCUGAAGGAUGCAGCUGUUCCGAGGGAACGUUCUACGAUCACGCUCGACAACGCUGUGUGUUACUUUCCCACUGUCACUGUUAUUUCAUGGGUUCAGUGUUUCAGCCAGGAGAUGUUUCCUUCAGUUCUUCUGGACCAUGUCUCUGUAGAAACGGCCGUAUGGAGUGUGUGCCAGAGGAGGGACUGGGAGAGCCCGAGAGAGGAGACUGUCCCACUGGUAAAGUCUUCUUCAGCUGCAGGGGUCACGGCAGGCUCGGACCUUCAGGUGUGGGCGUGGCCUGUGAGCUCACCUGUCGCAACCUGAUGCUGAACCUGACCUGUCCUCCCAUGACCCCGUGUGUACCAGGAUGUGGAUGUCCUGCAGGGCUAGUGGCUCAUAAUGGCGAGUGCUAUUACCCAGAGAACUGCCCCUGUGCAUGGCUCGGUCUAGAGUAUCUGCCCGGAGAGUCAGUGGACACCCCGUGCUAUCGCUGCGUGUGUCAUCGUGGAUUUUUUAACUGCACAUAUUCUCCAUGUCCAGCGGUGUGUACCAUAUACAGUGACCGUCAUUACCAUACAUUUGACGGUCUGGAAUAUGACUACGUCAGCGACUGCCAAGUCUCUCUUGUUAAGAGUGUCGGCGAGACGGAGGUCUCCAUCAUGGCUCAAAAUAAAGACUGCUAUGAAAGUGGGAUUGUCUGUAUGAAGUACUUGCUUAUUUAUGUCGGACUCACCAAAAUCUACUUCAGUGACAGCUCUGGUAAACCUAGCUCAUCUACGGUGGUCGGGAGAGGGUUCGAGUUUCAGCUCUGGGGUGCGGGAUACUACACAGUGGUCCACUUCCCCGCCCAGGAUUUAACUGUUUUAUGGGACCGCAAGACAACCAUUCAUAUCCGCGCUGGACCGCAAUGGAAGGGUCAGUUGAGCGGUCUGUGUGGGAACUUUGACAUGGUGACAGUGAAUGACAUGACCACAGCGGGACACAUGGAGGUCAGUAACGCACAGGCGUUUGGAGACAGCUGGGCUGUCGGGCAGUGUGAGAGUGAUUUUGUAGUACGCAGGCCAUGUGAAGGAGACCUCAGCCGGCAGCCGUACGCUAAGCGUGAGUGUGGUCUCCUGUACAGUGACGUCUUUGCUCCGUGUCACAAUGUGGUGGAUGUGACCUGGUUCUAUAAGAACUGCCUGACGGACACCUGCAACUGUAACCGCGGGGGGGAUUGCGAGUGUCUGUGCACCAGCAUCGCAGCGUACGCACACAAGUGCUGUCAACACGGCGUGACAGUGAGCUGGAGAUCCCCCACUGUAUGCCCAUAUGAUUGUGAAUACUACAACCAAGAGUUGGGAGAGGGUCCAUUUACUCUGUCCAAUACUGAGCAGAAUGAAUCUGCGUGUGUGUUUGGUGCAAAUGUGAGCAGUGGUGAAGUGUUUCCUCUCUUGAGGACCAGCGCUCAGCCCAGCACUAUCUUCCACUUCAUGAUCACAACUGGAUUAUAUAAGGACCGAGCGUCACGACUUCCUGUUGUCUCACUGGAGUCGGCAGAGAGGCCCAAUUACUUCCUGUGUGUCACCGUCAACCGUGCAUUACGAUUGGAGCACUGGCAGCCCGGGGAGGAGUUCAAACGACGGGCCACCUUCAUACACCACCAGGGAUUGUGGGUACCUGGACGAUCCUCCUUCGAGUUACACAGUCAGAAGGCCGUCUUCCUCACCAUCACACGCACACAAGCACGAGCUCAGAACUACGACAACACAAAUAUCUUCAAAAUCAGCAGCAGUUUCAUUGUUGAGGAGAGCAGUUUUGUCAUUCCCUACCGCUUGAUGUGUGAGUGGAAAUAUCACGCAUGUGCCAGUCCGUGUGUAAAAACGUGCAAUGACCCUGAUGCCACACGCUGCCAGUUCUUACCUCCGGUUGAAGGAUGUUUUCCACGGUGUCCCAAGCCGAUGCUGCUGGAUGAGGUGACCAGACGAUGUGUCUACCAAGAAGACUGUGUGAGUUUGUCUCCAACACCGACACCGUACGUGUACGUGACCCAAUCGAACGGAACCACAUCGGCACCAACUUCCACUUCCCCACCUACGACUACAACCACAACAACCCCUUCCACCACAACAGAAACACCCAGUACCGCUCCGAGCACCACGGCCGGUACUACAGUCAUGACUACACCUUUAGAGGCGGGUUUGAUUGUCAGUCCAACCACACCCACGAUUCCACCAACCACAUCCACUCUGGCUACAACCACACCCACUGAAACUCCCACGACUCCCUCUCAGACAACCACAGAACCACCUGUGAUCACUACAGCCCCGCCCACCACCAGAACCACCACGCCCACUGCAGCACCUACAACUCCGAUUGUCACCACUUUAACCACGGAGGUACUGACAACAAAACCAGAGACGAGCCCUCCGACUACCAUCGUUCCUUUUACAACCACCAUUGUGAUUACAACCGAGACCACAACCGAGCCGACCUCUGCAACCAUCACCACAGAGACAACAUCCGUCUCCACGACAACAACAGAAGCACCAUCAACAACCUCUGAACCGAUUCCGCCAACUUCUCCAGAAACGGCCAGAAUAACGACGGGUCGUCCUCCAUUCGUACUACCCACAGGACCCUGCACGCCCCCAUAUUCGUUGCGUGUGGACGAGUGCAGCGAGUACAUCUGCUUUAACGGACAGCUGAUGCUGCACAAUUCCUCUCAACACUGCAGAUACAACAUCAGCCAACCCCAAUGUAACCUGCUGGGCACACCCAUCCAGACCAACACGGACACCUGCUGUCCGCUCUGGCAGUGCCCGUGUCGCUGCUCCAUAAUCUCUGAUCUGCGCGUGAUCACAUUUGACGGGAAUAAUGUGGCACUGUAUGAUAUCGGUUCUUAUAUUUUGGUCCAUUUGCCUAGAGAGAAAAUAGUAGGACACAUUGAGAAAUGCCCCACAAGUGAGAGUGUGAACUACAUCCGACGGCCGACUCCCUCGGGUGGAACCUCAGGUCUGUGUUUCAAGAAAUUGAACAUCACCACUCAUUCAUACAGAAUCAUGGUCAACCGUCUGGAUCGUAAGGUCUCAGUGAAUCAGAUUACGGCCCGCUUGCCUUUCACCAGACAGAACCUCCAUAUUGAUGACACCGGGACAAUGUACAUCAUUGACACGCCCGGUGGGAUUAGCAUACAGUGGUACCAUAGCACUGGUAUCAUGGUCCUUCAGUACACAAAACCUGAUAACACCUCCACAAGAGGACUCUGCGGUUGUUGUGACGGUAAUCCGGCCAAUGACCUUCGGCUACCCAACGGAACACUGGUGUCAGAUGUAGAAGACAUUCCCGUAUUUCUCCACGGAUGGAUGGUUGAUACGUCAGAGGACACAGAUUACUUCCGUAGAGUAGGAGACAACUGCACCACAGGCAACUGCUCCAAAUGUUUUACAAUGCUCAACCAGAGACCUUUCUCUAGAUGUCACCACAAGGUUUCUCCAGAGAACUUCUGUGAUAAGAUCUGGGCCGGUGAUCUUCAUUAUAAAGAACACGAGUGUGAUUUUCUGGCUGCUUAUGUGGCCAUUUGUUACACACAUCAGAUCUGCUUCAGCUGGAGAACAAGCAGUUUCUGCCCGCUCAAAUGUCCUCCCCGUAAGGAAUAUCAAGCGUGUGUGAACACAUGCAAGACCCGUACGUGUCAGAACCGCGAUUACUACGAGGAAACCACCUGCUCGUCCAUAAGAGAGGAGUGUGUUUGUAAAAGUGGGACCAUCCUGCACCGGGCAGACUCCGCCUUCUGUGUCACGGAGCAGCAAUGCGUUUGUACGGAUAAUGAGGGUUCUCCGCGGGCUCCUGGAGAGGUGUGGAACGGUUCUCUGCGCGGCUGCUGCUUGUUCAAGUGUCUGGAGAACGGCAGCGUCGUGCCUGUGGAACCCGAGUGCAGUUAUGAACCCGCGCCGCUGUGUGAGAGAGAGGGAGAGUAUGCAGUCGACGUGCUGGAGGAAGGAGUAUGCUGCCCAAAGAAGAUCUGUGAAUGCAACCUGACCAUCUGUCAAAGUGAGGUGCCCAGUUGUGAGAACGUAAACAAGCUGGUGAUCGGCUACAGCGCUAUUUCAUGCUGUCCUGAGUAUAGAUGUGAAUGUGAUCCGCUGUCAUGCCCAAGCGUCCCGUCUCCGCUCUGCAGAGAAGAUCAGUUUCUGGUUGAGGUCAGAGGAGAACGCAGCUGCUGCUUCAGUUACCUCUGUGUAUGUGAAUCCUGUAUAGAACCUAUUCCAGUGUGUUUGCCUGGAGAAAUACUGGCUGUAGACAUAAACACAACCAAUCACUGCUGUCCAGAGUAUCACUGCGUUUGUGACAAGAGUUUGUGUCCUGAGCCCAGCGUGAGUUGUGCUCCUGGAGCUGUGAUGGUCAAGAGAUCUGUGCCAGAGAGCUGUUGUCCAGAGACCCACUGCGAAUGUCAGUGUCAUAAUAUCACACGCCCUGUCUGCACUGUGGGAGAGGUGAGAGUGGAGGAGGCAGAUCAGGGCGGCCCGUGUGGAUGUCCCCUUUAUUCCUGCAAGAAGGCCGAGGUGUGUCUGUUUCAGGGCGCGACAGUGUUGAACCCGGGUCAGUCCAUGGUGCAGUAUUUUGAGGGGGAGCUCUGUUACACCGUUCACUGUCUGACACAUAAAGAUCCCGGCACCGGAUUCUACGCCGUAGAGGUCACCACUGCCAACUGCUCCGAGAAAUGUGAACCUCACCAGAUUUAUGUUCCCUCCUCUGAUCCACACGUCUGCUGCGGGUCCUGCAAAAACAUCUCAUGUUCGUAUCCCAGUGAAAACGGAACUACUGAAGUAUUCAUGGCAGGCAGCUCGUGGGUGGCUAACUGCACACGCUUUGACUGUCUGGAGACUGCAGUAGGUGCUGUUGUUCUGGCGUCUGGAGUGGUCUGUCCUCCGUUCAACGACACCGAGUGUAUUCAGAAUGGAGGUAUAGUCCAGACGUAUGUGGACGGCUGCUGUAAGACGUGCAAAGAGGACGGUAAGACCUGUAAGAGAGUCGCCAUUAGGACCACCAUCAGAAAAGAUGACUGCAGAAGUAACGCACCUGUCACUGUUUACUCAUGUGAUGGAAAAUGUCCGUCUGCCACCAUCUUUAAUUUCAACAUUAACAGUCACGCUCGAUUCUGCAAAUGCUGCCGUGAGAACGGCCUUCAGAACCGCAUCAUUCAGCUGUACUGUACUCGAAAUGCCACCACAGUGGACUAUUAUUACCAGGAGCCAACGGACUGCACGUGCCAGUGGAACUGAUUCAUUUCUGUGACGUGUGCAGUAAUUUUGAGAUCCCAGAGAGAUCACUAGCUUUGACUGCAUAUAGCGUAACUGUAAAACUGCAAUCUACUAACACCAUCGCUGUAUUUUUUUUUUAUUUCUUUUAAUUGAUGUUACUCUAACCUGUUUAGCACAGAUUAUAGUUAAAAACUGCUGUUAAACCAGUGCAAUGUAUAGAUAAUACACUAUAACCAUGUCAAAACUUUUAAUUACACGGGGCAAUAGUACUUAGCUCCAAUAUGCCAUUUAUACAUCCUAAGAUGCAUAUUUAGACUAAAUAUGCUUUAUACAUUUUUCCAACAAUAGACAUUUUCUCUUUUAAUUUUUACGUAGGAGGAAAAAAACAAGCCAGUCUUAAAUAUGUCUCUAGAAACAAAUCUCUGCACGAUUUUUUGAAAGGAGCUCAUUUUAGGGGCUGCUUUCCUAACUACGCCAUCUCAAAACAAUCACAUGAAACAUGAUAAACUUGAAUUUCAUUUUAUAGCCAUAAUGCAUAUACGUGCUUUCUGCAGCAAGUGAACAUCAUUGGAUAAGUCUAAUAUACAGAAACUUAUAUGACGUUAUAUGUUACUGUAAUUGUUUUUUAUAAAACAGUACACAAGUUGAUUUCAACAUGCAUUAUGCAAAAUAGUUUUAAAUUUGACAUGCCAAGCGUUUUGUAACAUAUUUUUUUACAUGUUUAAAUUUUGAACAGCUUUAGUAAUAAUUUGACCGUGAAAUCAUGC